CACUGACCGAUCCCGGCCGGCCGCCGGGACUCUAGGCCUGCAAGAAGACCACGGCGAGCGCGACCCAGGUCGCGGCCUUCGCAAGCACUCGGUGUGACCACUAUGACGUCAUGAGCAGGACUGACUCAAUGGCGUUCUCCGGGCGUUCGGCGACUGCCGAUGUCGCCGUGGAGACGACGCGUAGGCGCCAGGCCAGCGCUCCCAUGUUGGUAUUCGCGGGACUGUCCCUGUGCACUUUCGUGGUGACGGCCGUCACGCCGCCCCUGGCCUACGCCGUCUCCCUGAUCGGCCACGUAACCUUCGCCAUCGUGAUCGGCUUCUGCCUCAAGCGCCACCUGACGGCCAACUUCGGCCGCAGGCUACCGGUGACCGGCAAGGCCGUCUUUGUCACAGGAUGCGACACGGGUCUCGGGCAGAUGAUCGCACUGGGACUACAGCAGAAAGGCUUCGUUGUGUUCGCCGGGUGUCUGGACCUCAACUCGGAAGGGUCGCGCACCCUCAUGUCCCACUCGAUCACCGUACUCCACGUGGACUACCUCAAGCCCGACACUAUCGUCAGAGCGUACGAAGACGUCAAGGAACGCCUCAACGGCAAAUCUCUUUGGGGUGUCGUGGCCAAUGCCGGCGUGGCAUGCUACGGCGAACUGGAGUGGGUACCUCUCAAGGAAAUGCAGCGGGUCAUCGACAUCAACAUCCUCGGCACGCUGAAGUUCGUCAUGUCCGGUCUGCCGCAAAUCAAGAGCAGCAACGGCCGCGUUGUUUUUAUUACUGGGUUGCAAGGCAGGGUCUCAAUUCCUGGAAUGGUGAUCGGGUCAGCAACAACAGCUGCCCUGUGCCACUACGCAGACGGCCUUCGCCGAGAAAUGGCCAAGUUCAACGUCCAAGUGUGCACUGUUGAACCGGCGUUUUACAAGACCCAGAUGACGGACCCGACGGAAGUCACGCAGGCUCUCAACGAAGUGAUUCGUCGGCUGCCCAACCUGGUCCAGGAAGAGUAUGGAUCCGCCUACCUGGAAAGCUUCAAGUUCACCUUCGCCAAGAGGCUGAGACGGUUCUCGCGCCAGAACUUCCAGGAGGUGUCCACUGCCGUCGUCCGUGCGCUGCUGAGCAGUGAGACCAACGUGCGCUACUGCUGCUGUGGGAUGCGCCAGUCGCUCACCUGGGCCGUCCUCGAGUUCCUGCCGCUCAAAAUUUGCGACUUCUUCCUCAUCCUGCAGUUCACGCCCAGGGCCGCUCUCGCGGGCAACAUCCGGGUGAGAAACGUCAUCGUCCAGCCGCUGCCCACCGACGACAUUGCCCUGAUGAGCAGCUGUAACAAACCGCAGGACCACAUGGAGACCGUGCAGCCCGCUUACCAGACGCCGCCCAUCCUCAAGCCGGGCACCCAUUUGUAGAAGGACGCGCGGAGAAGCGCGCACUUCUUCGGGCGAGCCUUCACAUCUGUGGCGUGGGAGCACUUUCUGGAUGACACUGAAUUCCUGGAUUCGAAUUCCUGGAUGACAAUGAAGGCCCCAAUCAAGCGCACGGCGCACGAAAGUUAGUGUCCACCGCAUGUCUGAACGUCCAGAAGCAUGGUUCGUGAUGAAAAUCUGACACGCUAGGGCUAACAAAAAGUGUUGUUCUUGCUGAAAAUGUGGCUUCACCAUUCGAUGCGUUGCGUGCGGGUGGAGCCUGGAAAUCGUAAAGAAAGUUAGCAAAAAAAUAAGCCUCAGCAAGUCUCACUAAUAAAUUUUCGUUCAUUCUUAAUUUUUUUUCUCAUGGAAUAAGCUAUCGGACGAGGGCUUUUCUGGUCUUUUUUUUUUUACUUCGUGUUCAUGUGCUCACUGGGAUCUAGAGUCAUCAUGGGCACAUAUUGCGUGCAUUAACAGGAAGCAAGAUCACAGAACUCGAGUCAAAGUACUCUAGCGGCACUGCGACUCAACAUAUGUAGAUCGUCCGUAUAAACGACGCCACUUUCCAGUCAUGCCGUUGCUCUAGGUAGGCGUUACGUACGCACGUACCCGAAUUGUAGCGGCAUUGGCUUCGCGAGGGGCUUGCUAUAUAUAUC